GGCCGCAGUCCGCUCAGCUCCCCGCGCCCAGAGCCUUCGCCGCGGCGCUCCGCGGGCUGGCGAGGGCCGGGCUAGCAGGACUCGCCUACUGGGCAACUGGGAGGACAGCCUUGGAGCAAGCAGAGGAACCAGGCUACGCCUGCUGCGGGUCACCGUGUGGAACUUUUUAUCGCCUUGGGGUCCAGAUGCGAGACUCGGGGCUGUUUUCUAACUCCAUCCAAACAUGUGUGUGAUCUAAUAAAACAUUUUCUCCUCUCCUUCAAAUCAGGAGCUUUAAAAAAAUUUUUUUAUGACAUCUCCUUUCUGUCAGAGACUCUUGCCUUCUUUGGGUUAUAAACUUUUGAUGCCAGACCUCUGCAGAACGCGCCCAACUGAAUCUUAAAGUAGCUUCACCGAGAGAGGCAGAGAACGCACAGAGAAUCUGUGACCUUCGUCCCUGCUCCUUCUUUCGUGCUCUCCCUCCACCCCCCGGGCUCCCUCCGCCCCAGGGAGCGUCGAGAAAGCUCUUUUUUGGAUGCAGGAGGGGGCAUCUGGUUCUGCUAGGCUGGAAAGCUGAGGCUGAAGCGGAGGAAGAAUUAUUAGGCUCCGGAGAGCCUGGACUCAGCCUUGCCUUCUCCCGCUCCCAGCUCCUGGUUUGCUCUCUGUGUGCUUUCGCCCCUCCAACACUUCCGGCUGUUCUGAGAGGGCAGGGGACAAGGACCGUGUCACUGCAGGAGUUCUGGGAAGUUGUGGCUGUCGAGAAUGGGGGUCUGUGGGUACCUGUUCCUGCCCUGGAAGUGCCUCGUGGUCGUGUCUCUCAGGCUGCUGUUCCUUGUACCCACAGGAGUGCCGGUGCGCAGCGGAGAUGCCACCUUUCCCAAAGCUAUGGACAAUGUGACGGUCCGGCAGGGGGAGAGCGCCACCCUCAGGUGUACCAUAGAUGAUCGGGUCACCCGGGUAGCCUGGCUAAACCGCAGCACAAUCCUCUACGCUGGGAAUGACAAGUGGUCCAUAGACCCUCGAGUGAUCAUUUUGGUCAACACGCCUACCCAAUACAGUAUUAUGAUCCAGAAUGUGGAUGUGUACGACGAAGGUCCAUACACCUGCUCUGUGCAGACAGACAAUCACCCCAAAACCUCCCGGGUUCAUCUCAUAGUGCAAGUUCCUCCCCAGAUAAUGAACAUCUCUUCAGACAUUACUGUGAACGAAGGAAGCAGUGUGACCCUGUUAUGUCUUGCAAUCGGCAGACCAGAACCCACGGUGACAUGGAGGCACCUGUCCGUCAAGGAAGGCCAGGGCUUUGUGAGUGAAGAUGAAUACCUGGAAAUCUCAGACAUCAAACGUGACCAGUCUGGGGAGUACGAGUGCAGCGCCUUGAAUGACGUCGCUGCACCUGAUGUUCGGAAAGUAAAAAUCACUGUAAACUACCCUCCCUAUAUAUCUAAAGCCAAGAACACUGGUGUUUCAGUCGGUCAGAAGGGCAUCUUGAGCUGUGAAGCCUCUGCUGUCCCGAUGGCUGAAUUCCAGUGGUUCAAAGAGGAUACCAGGUUAGCCACUGGCCUGGAUGGGGUGAGAAUUGAGAACAAAGGCCGCAUAUCCACUUUGACUUUCUUCAAUGUCUCAGAGAAGGAUUAUGGGAACUAUACUUGUGUGGCCACAAACAAGCUUGGGAACACCAAUGCCAGCAUCGCCCUGUAUGGGCCUGGAGCAGUGAUUGAUGGUGUAAACUCGGCCUCUAGAGCACUGGCUUGUCUCUGGCUCUCGGGGACCUUCUUUGCCCACUUCUUCAUCAAGUUUUGAUAAGAAACCAUAGGUCCUCUGAGUGUCGCCUGCUUCUCCAUAUCACAGACUUUAAUCUACACUGCGGAGGGCAAACCAGUUUGGGCUGGGCUUCUUUUUGUUUAUUUUUUGUUCUUUUUGACUAUUGCUUUUGGGUUUGAUUUCUGGGAUUUUCACUUUUAUUUGAUUUCUUUCUUUCUUGCUUUCUUUUUUGAAUGAAUGGGGUUGGGGGUUGGAUUGGGCAGGGUCCUACCAAGGGUAGGGUAAUCACUCAUUGGCACCCCUAAAUGGAAUCUAUUUUUGCUACCUUGGCCUUCCUUUUCUCUACUUCUCAUCUUACCACCAUUAACACACACACACACACACACACACACACACACCCCAUAAAAAUAAAGAUGGGCUAAAAAAUGUCCCAUGACAAGAACCCUGAAGGUACACCUUGGCUCACAAUGCAAUACACAAUAAGAGUUGCAUCUACACGUCUUCUUUUCUUUGUCCUUUAAGCUUGCAAUAAGAAAGUUUUAAAAAGUGCAUAUCCUUAUCCCCAUGCUAAUAGCACCUAUCCUGUUAGGCUUCACAUCUUUUCUUUCUAAGAAAUUGUCUAACUGCAUCCUUAAAUGUGUACGCACAUACAUACAUAUGUAAAAAUUUUCCAUCUUCUCUGGCCAUUCUCCUCUAACUGCUUUUUUUCCACUAGCUGUAAGAUUUACAGAAUUGAGACCAUAUGUAUGUACCCAAUACUACAAAUUUAGGAGUCAAGUAAACAAAUGAGGGAAGUCUAUUUAGGGUAGUACUUCCCUUAAAAUACUGUUGCAACUCAUAAAAAAACUGAUCAAUAGCUGGCUAAUUAUAUCAAGCUAUCAAAGCAAUCAUACUAUUAUCCAGUUACUCAAUUGAUUUGUAGCUCCAUCUAGUUCUACAUAACCUGUCUUUCUCUCUUAUAAUCUAUUUGCUCUGUUUAACUAAUCAUUCUCUUCCUCUUCCCAUUACACACUAUCAAUUCAUCCCAUAUUAAUCUCUAAUCAUAUUGUGUGUAUGCCACUAUCUCCACAUCUCCACUACCAUCAAUAGACAUUUCCACCUUCAAAAUUGCCUAGCAACUUCUUAUGUGAAAGCCAGUGAUCUCGCAGGCUAACUAACUACCAAGAAGAACAAUUUCCUGUGUCAUGGAUCCUUGGGAAUGCAGUAACCCAUCCACCCAAAUUAGACCUUGUGAACAGAUGGACCAAAGUAGCAAUCUACAGAUCAGUCAGUCAUGAUUUUCAGAGAGGCUUUUCCCUGAGCCACCUUCUCAGGAGGCAGGUCAGCCCUGGAAAAGCCUUGAUUAUGCUGCAUUUCUCCUUUAACAGCUGGAAAAUUAAGGUACCAACCCCGUGCUUCUCUCAGCCUUUCAAGAAAAGUACAUGUCAGGAACUUGGGGAAACUUCUUUGUGGCUGGCUUUCAUUAGCAGAAAGAACCUGAUCCCCCUCACCCCCCCCAAAAAAAAACCCCAUAUAUCUGUCCCUUCAAUGUAAAGACAGUGGCCCAUCAGCCAAAGUGUGAUAACCAGAGCUCAGCAUCUCCCUACUGCUCCAGUUUUGAUUUGAAUUGUUUGAAAAUUAUCCAGCAAAGGGCUGAUGGAGGCCAAUUACAUGGCGUGUGUGUUGACAACUCUGGUAUUUGUUUCAGAAAGCUCUUCUGAGCUGAGGGCACUUGAGUUACUGACUUAAUUUCCAAGCACUUGAUUAACACAACAUGGCAAACAGAGGGGAAGUGUAAGUAAUACUGUUUUCCUGGGCUGUCUCUCUCAAGGCUUUGGGGAUAAAUGUCCCCAAAUUCCUAUGUUCAAAGCAGGCCUCAUGUACAAAGAAGAUCUGACUCCACCUCUCAGCAUUGACUCUUGGGAAAAGAAGAGCCCAGCCAACAAAGGAGCCUGCAGUUCAAACGAACAUCAUUAAAGGUCACAAGGGGCUUUCUGGAGGAACUGGCUUACUGAGAAGUUGAGAAGGAGCACCAGCAGUGACUUUCUUAAAGACAGGUCCUGCCUCCCUCAGGGACCCUUUGCAGGUCCACCUCUAAAAACUAAAUGACUGUGGGCUCUGUUAGAGUUCACUUCCCUUAGAGUUUAACUGAACACUUGUUGCAGUAUAACUGCCCACUCUGUGGCACUAUGGCCGUACAAAUACAAUACCCACAGUAGGGACAUAUAUACCUGUGUAUACAUAUUCACAUAUAUACAAAUGCAGGCUUCCUUGGCAUAUAAAAAGCUCAGCACUGUCAUAAGAGAUAGAGCUGGGGUGAACAAAAUUAAUACUCUUCUUGCCAGCUGUAAACAGACAUCUGCAUUUCCUAGUGAGCUGCCAAGAAUGAGACUCUGGGAGCAUAAAUGAUGUGCCAAAAACAGUCUAUUUAUUCCAACUUCCAGAAGCAAUCAGGAGCAGGCACAAAGUCAGAAUUACAGGUCGGAUAUAUGAAUUUCAGAUCUGUCACUACGCUCAGCACCUGGGAUUGGGUUGGUGUCAAGCAUUGUAUGAGACAUAAACAUGGCAUUUGCGUUUUCUACUAAUACUACAGUUGUUGUUUUGGAGAAAAGGAAAUGUGGAUGCCAUGGAAACUGAAAAGUGUUGGGUGAUGUGCUGCUUGAAAUGGACAAGCCCAAAUUGCUCUUCACUACCUUGUGCAAGCAGAUCAUCAAAACCCCCAGUUGAGUAUGGACUCAGGGUCAUCCUGCAUCUCUGCUGUGCCUACUUUCACUGGAUGCUAGAAAUUUCUGUGGUGGUUACCUACUCCACCCAAACUUCCGAAGGAAACACAUGCUGCAGUCAAUCCUCCUCUGUCUGGGAAAAAAAAAAAAAAGCAAAAGUCAAGUAGAAAUGACUAAAGGCAACUACGUACCAGAUAUAAAAGUGACUUCCUCACAGCAAACGUGUCCCCGCUCUUGUUAUGUGAGUGACUUUGGUAAGGAUGACUUCAUGCGACGGGACCUGACAGGACUGCAGCUGCUUCCUAUAAACCACAUACACACUUACAUAUGCCUUUCCAACCGUAUACAUGAAGAGUGGACCAAUCAGGCCCUCUAGACAGAUUUGUUUAGCUUGCCAAGGGUGGGUAUGAGGAAGGUAUAAGGUUAGGAAAAAGGAAUCACAUUAGUCUAAGUUGGUAAAAUGUUGUAGGUUUUCUAAGUGAAAACCAAAUACAGGUUAUCAAGAGAUUAGGUAAAAGGAAGUCAGCAAAGGUAGUUAUUCUAAAACUUCUUCCCUUCCCAAACCAAUGCUAAUUUGUUCUUCCACCAAAGUAUGCCAAUGAAAGUGCUAGUGUUCUGCCUUUGGCAAAGCCUGUUUUUUGAGUAGUUUAAUGUCAAGUGCCUGAUAUAGUCAUCUGCAAGGUUAAUCAAGGGUGUUUGGAUUUUCUUUUUUGUUCUCACGGGUUAGGUUGGAGAUGUAGUGGAUUAGUUGUCAAAGCAUAUACAGCUCUGGUGCAGAGAGCUAGGUAUGUGGCUUUUCUGCUGUGGGCUAAGUUGUGUUCAACAGAUGGAAACGGACAUCUAUAUGUCACCAAGAUGGCUCAUGCCUGUCCUUACACUGCUUUGGGCUGUUGUUCACAGGUUGGGAAGUUAGUUCUCAAAAUACGUUCAUAAGUUUGGUCUAAGAUUUCUCGGACCCUCAAAACUGAGGCUGCGUUUUAACGAUUUCUUUCUAUAUCUACCUGGUCAAGUUGUCCUCAGCAAGAAGGAAUAGCAACCUACAAUAGGAAGAAUAUCAAAAGAUCAAAACCCCACCCCAACCCCACAAAUGGACACUGGAUCCCAGAGAGUUUAUCACAGGCACUGGAUAAAGAACAGUUGGAAAUUUAAUACAAAUGAUUUGAUUGAUGCUUCCAGGGACAAAGAACACAUGCUCUUCGUAGCCUGUAUGGCUAUUACCAGCCCCAUAAGACAGUGGGAGAGGAAUAGCUUAUGAAUAUUUGAGGGAAUAUCUGCCCCCAAUUUGAUCCUGAGUUUUUACCAGGAUCAAAAAAAAAAAAAAAAAUUGGUUUGA